AUGAAUAGAAUUGGGUUUUUAUCACAGUCAGACGGAUCCAGUGAAUGGAAACAAGGAUCUACUCGUGUCAUUUGUAAUGUGAAUGGUCCAAUUGAGAUUAAAAUUCGUGAUGAGAAACUAAACAAGGCUUCUGUGGAGGUUUUGGUUCAACCCAUGAAUGGAGCUUCUGAAACACUCGAAAGGAUGCUUUCCAAUAGAAUAUCUAGUCUUUUAGAAGAUGCCAUCUAUUUAACCACUUAUCCUAGGACAUUGAUUCAGGUGUCCAUACAGGUGGUGGAAGGAAAUUCACGGGAUACACUUGCAGCUGCAAUCAAUGGAGCUACACUGGCACUGUUGGAUGCCGGUAUUUCCCUAAAAUACCUUCCAUGUGCGAUUACAUGCCACUGGAAAGAUCCCUUAGGUUUGAAGGAGGCUAAGAAUGUGACCGCAGAAGAACCAACAGAGAUGAUGCAUUCCAUUAUCACCUUGGCUUACAGUGUGACGACGGGAGAGAAAAAAUUAAUUCUCGUUGAAACUUCCGGAACAAUUCCUGAUGAAGAGUUCUUUUUGGUUUUAGACAAGUCGCCUGUUCAUGCUGAUCAGAUCACUCAGGAGAUGAAGACGCUGUUCAUGAAUGCUUACAACAGAGAAGUAUCCGUUGGCGACAACAAGGAACAAGGGGAAGACGACGUGGAAAUGAAAGAAUAA